AUGACGACUUCCAAGAUCUGGCAUUUUCAUGCAGAUAUAAUAGGUCAUGCUUUUGGUUUUGGUCCAUCAUGGGAAGUGGCAAUGACAAUCAAAGGAAAAACAUUAAGUUACCGAAAUGAAAUUUGGUUCCUCAAGACCACAAUUGACCUUUCCAACAACUACUUUGAGGGUGAGAUUCUUGAAGAGAUUGGAGACCUUAAAUGGCUCCAUGCACUAAGAAUUUCAAACAACAAGCUUAGAGGGUCAAUUCCUAAGAACUUUGGUGGUCUCCAACAACUAGAAUCAUUGGAUCUGUCUCAUAACUACUUUUCAGGUGAAAUACCAGAAGAACUUACUAAACUGAAUUUUCUUGAGUACCUAAAUCUGUCAUAUAACAACCUUGCUGAAAGAAUCCCUCAAUCAACACAAUUUUCCACCUUCGAUAAUCGGAGCUUCGAAGGGAAUCCAAGUCUCUGUGGCCCUCCAUUUUUUGCUGCCCUGUGA